AUGAGGUUGGGCCUGCGGCGCGCCUUCAUCCCCUUCGGCGGUGGCUGCAGCGCCGUGAAUCUUGUGCAAGCAGCCUGGGCGCCCAUCACCGGCCGCAAGCGCAGCGCUGUGGAGGCAGAGCUGGCCGAUGAAGCGGAGGUGGCAGCUGCUGCGGCGGCCAUGGAUGAGGGGGAGGCUCCUGCUCGGCGCAGCAGCCAGCGGGCAGCCGCUGCGGGCCUGAUCGCCGUACUGGCCAUGGAGCACGAGCUGGAGGAUGCGGAGGAGGUGCUGCCCAUGCGGCAGCUGCCACAGCGCACCGCUGCCACUAGCAGCCCUGCUGGCCAGCGCCGCAACCGCAUAGCAGUGCUGGCAGCGGCGGCUGCGGCAGCAGCUUCGGAGGCGGGGGAGGAGCAGGCAGCAGCAGAGGCGGAGGAGGAGCAGGCAGCAGCAGAGGCGGAGGAGGAGCAGGCAGAAGCAGAGGCGGAGGAGGGCGGCACGCUGGCAGCACCACACCCGCCCAUGCCAGCACACUUGCAGGCCACCCGCUCUCGAGUGGCGGCGGCUCAGGUGAAGAACCGCCAGCGGAUCGCAGCGCAGCGCAGGCCAAAGGGCGAGCCCAAGGACUUUGCUGUGGGCGAUGACGUGCUGCUGCUGCCGCCGAAGCGCGGCAAAGUGGGCAAGCAGCUGGGCCGCAACCGCAUCGUGUGCCGCGUGGUGGAGAUCAAGCGGCCCUUUGGCGUGACCAUCAGCGGCGGCGCGGAUGGGGACCCUUUGGGGUGCAAGGAAGCUGAGCUGCGCGCCGUCCAGUGCGUCUUCAAGCACGUCCUGGGGCUGGGCGGCAAGCAUAAGGCUGCUGCAACCGCGCCCCAGCCGCGCCUCAACUUUGAAGGGCCAGAGGCGACUGCUUUUGCGGCUGCCCACGGCCGGGCAGUGACGCUGGGCGACGUGCUGAUGCACCGGAGCAACUUCGUGGCGCUCAACCUGCAGCAGCACUUUGCUGGCCCGCUCCGGGCGGCGGCGGCGGCGGCGCAGGGCGGGCCGCUGCCGCAGCACGCCAAGCUGCCCUGUCCCAACUGCCUGAAGUUCACUCUCAUCUCCAAGGGGCCGCAGCUGCCCAACAUCCGCAAGCUGGCGAUGCCUGGAGGCGCCGCCUAUGUUCUGCCUUUCAAGCUGAAGUGCGAGCCUUGCAGCCGCCAAUACAGCACUACGAGUGAGGAGCUGUACGCCGCGCUGCGCAUCGUUGACCUGGGCUUCAUUGCCGACGCGGUGCCCGCCGUCUUCUCCAAGAAGGGUGCCCUGCACAAGGACCUGCUGGCCCAGCUCAUCCUGGACUACGAGUCUGGCCUCUCUAUUGAGGCCGCCAUACAGCGCGUGCGCACGAGGAUGGAGGCCUGGCGCGUGCAGGUGCUGCUGGACUUCUACGGCAUGAGCCGCAUUGGCGGCCAGCAUCGUGUGCUGCCUGCAGAUGUGGAAGCGGCCGCCAAGCACGACUGGCCGCUGCCGUUCCUGAGCGCAACCUACGUGCGCACGAUGCUGGAUGUCCACAUGGAGGAGCGGCGGCAACUGAAGCGGGCCGUGCUGGCGGGCAUCGACGCGGGCCCCCACCGCGCUGUGAGCUGCGACCACACCUUUGCAACCGCCAAGAAGAUCACCAGCAACGGGAGCAAGCCGUACGAGGCCAUCUUCAACAUGCUCAACUCGGUGGGCGAGGUCAUGCUCUCGAUCGGCGUGCAGACCACCAGCAUGCAGGAGGUCAAGCCCGCGUUACAACGCUUGCGGGACAACAUUGAGCGCAGCGGCGGCCAGCAACCGCUGUAUUGGUGGGUGGACUGGCCGCAGGGCAUGAUGCGGGUGAUCCUGGAGGUCUGGCCUGAGGCCAUCGUCAAGCAAGACUACUUCCACGUGCUGAAGCGCUUCUCGGACGCCAUGCCGCACAACCACUCUGCCCGGGGCGCUGCCAUGGCGGAACUACGCGACGCACUCCAGAAGCCGUUCAUCUACGAUAGCAAGGACCGCGAGCUCGUCAAUGCCUGGAAGCAGCAACACAACCUCAGCGUUGCUGCCCCGCUCCCCACCAAGGACCCGGCGUUCCGCCGGUUCUGGUCGGCAAAGGGCAGGCGCUGGCAGCACCCCCUACGCGAGGACGGCCUCCGCCGCUUCCAGGGCUGGGCCAAGGCCUGGUCCGCCGCCAACCCCACCUGCGAGAUCACGGGCAAGCCCCUCAUCACCGACGCCGUGCUUAAGCUCAUCACCAGCAGCGAGGCACUCAUCGCAGUAGGCUUCUUGGAGGACCCGCUCCCCACCCAGGACAUGUACUAUGAGGACGCCAACGGCAAACCGCGCACCAUCCGCAGUUCCAGCCAGCUGGAGUGCUUGAACCGCUACAUGCGGGCUGCUGUGCCCGGUACCAAGAUGGGGCCCAAGAACGCGGACGCCGCCAUCCUCAACUUUCAGUACACCGUCGAGGCGCGCCCCCGCACGCGCCCAGACAAGUUCAAGCCGUACCCCUGCGGCGACCAUCACCUGUUGUACGAUGCGCGCCAAGCUGCGCGUGCGGCGGGCUGCCCCGAGGGCAGCCUGCCGUUCCCCGGCAUCAGCGAGCCCAAGCCCCCCCUCACUGCAGCCGACUUCAUCGGCUGCCUGUUGGUGCCGCGCUCGCUGGCUGCGCUGGCAGGGGAGCUGCCGAGCGAUGCGGCGGCAGCGGCGGCGCGUGGCAGCGGGAGCACUGCCGACGCCAUUGCGCGCACGCAGCGGCGGCUCAAGGCGAGCCUCGAGCAGGCUACUACCAAGUCCAAGCUCAACGACCCGGGCGGCGCACUGCAGGCGAUGUUUCGGGCAGCUGAGCUCGAGGCGCUCCUGGCGCAGCUGCAGCCGGCGACGCCAAGGGCCGAGGAGAGCGCGGAGCUGGAGAGCUGGAUGGAGGCCGACGACUUGGUAGAGGAGGUGGCGGGCACGGCUGCGCGGGCUGUGGCGGCCGACUGGGAACUGUACGCAGUUGAGGAGGAGAGCCCGGCCGCGCGUGCUGCGGAGGGCUCGGGGCGGCCUGCUGAUGCGGAAGCGCCAGCCGAGGAGCAGAGCCGGGCCGCGCGUGCUGCAGAGGGCUUGGGGCCACCUGUCGACGGCGCCGAACAGGCAGGUGCCAGGCCACGCCGCACGCCGCAGCACCGGCGGCGCUGGAGUGAAAUUGCUGGCAGCAGCGACGAGGAUGCAAGCGAGGCGCGCAGCCCCCAGCGUCAGCGGCGCACGGUGCGUACGGCGACGGCAGCAUCGCCGCCUGGCGCCCGGUCCAGCAGCGCCACACGCAGCCACUCCAUCGUCCGCCGCGCCCCGGCUGUGGCGUUGGCCUUCCCCCCACCGCACUGCGAGGAGACGUAUGCAUACCUUUGGGAGCUGCUGGCCGCGCGGAGCGGCAGAGUGCCGCAGGACGGCCAGCGGUGGGAGGACCUGGCGGCAGAGUGGACGGCAGGCUUGGCGCCGCGCCUUGAUGCGGCUGCCCGCAGCUGCACCACGACAGCGCUCAAGCCCACAACCGGCAAGUUCCUCAAGGAGUUCUACGAGGCCCAGCAGCAGCGCUUCGCAGCAGCCGCUGCGCAGGACCCCAACGCGCCAGCCGCCGCCGCCGCGGCUACGCUGGCUGCCGCGGAUGCAGCGGCAGCGGCGCCAACAGCGGCAGCUGCGGAGGCGGCGGCAGCGGCGGCAACGGCGGCAGCUGCGGAGGCGGCGGCAACGGCGGCAGCUGUCGGCGGUACCCCAGGCGGUGCCACCGCCGUUGCUUCUGGCCCCAUCGUGCUCAGCCCCGCGCCGGCCUUGGUGGAGCAGCAGCAGCAGCGGUCAAGCGGCAUUGCUGGGCGCGGCGGUCGCGGGCAGGGGCAUGCUGGGCGCAGCCAAGGCCGUGCUGCCCGCAAAGGCCCAAACCUUUGCCGCGGCUGCCGUUACUACCUCGACUGGCCUGUGCAGUUGACCACCGUGCACAGCCUGCAGUGCAAGUGGUACAAGGCGUUCAACGAGCGCUUAACCGAACAGCAACGGCAGCAGGUGUCGCGCAAGUGGAGCAAGGCCAAGACGGCAGAUGAGGCCUUCCGCGCCAAGGGCAGCGGGAGCAGCGAGGAGCGCGCGGCGGCGGCGGCAGCGCGGCGCGCAGAGCUGGAGCGGCAAGGCAUCGCCUGGCCAGAGGCAUCGCCCGCAGCAGCAGGCCCCGCAGCGGCGGCGGCUGGAGGGGCGGCAGCAGGAGCAGGAGCGGCGAGAGCGGCGGCUGGAGCGGCGGCAGGAGCGGCGGCAGGAGGGGCGGGAGCGGCGGCAGGAGCGGCGGCAGGAGGGGCGGGAGCGGCGGCAGGAGCGGCGGCAGGAGGGGCGGGAGCGGCGGCAACCUCCAACCGAAUCGCUGCUAUGUGGUCAAACUUUACAGGCAUCAGCCUCCAGCGCCGCGCAUGA